UGGCCUGAGUUCGGAUAGACGGCCAGCAAUGGAGGAGAUCGGGAUCCUGGUGGAGAAAGCGCAGGAUGAAAUUCCUGCUCUGAACAUCUCCAGGCCUCAGACUGGCCUCUCCUUCUUGGUUCCGGAAGCUGAGGAUGUGGAGGAUCUCUACAGUCGUUACAAGAAACUGCAACAGGAGCUGGAGUUCCUGGAGGUGCAGGAGGAGUACAUCAAAGACGAGCAGAAGAACCUGAAGAAGGAGUUUCUCCAUGCCCAGGAGGAGGUCAAGCGCAUCCAGAGCAUCCCCCUGGUCAUCGGCCAGUUCCUGGAGGCCGUGGACCAGAACACAGCCAUUGUGGGCUCCACCACAGGCUCCAAUUAUUACGUCCGGAUCUUGAGCACCAUCGACCGGGAGCUGCUCAAGCCCAAUGCCUCGGUGGCCCUGCACAAGCACAGCAACGCCUUGGUGGACGUGCUGCCUCCUGAGGCUGACAGCAGCAUUAUGAUGCUCACGUCAGAUCAGAAACCGGAUGUGAUGUAUGCUGAUAUUGGCGGGAUGGAUAUUCAGAAGCAGGAAGUCAGGGAGGCUGUGGAGCUGCCCCUCACCCACUUUGAACUCUACAAACAGAUUGGCAUUGACCCGCCACGGGGCGUACUAAUGUACGGGCCCCCUGGGUGCGGAAAGACGAUGUUGGCCAAAGCCGUGGCGCACCACACCACAGCCGCCUUCAUUCGGGUGGUGGGAUCUGAGUUUGUGCAGAAGUACCUGGGCGAGGGGCCGCGCAUGGUGCGGGACGUCUUCCGUCUGGCCAAAGAGAAUGCCCCGGCCAUCAUCUUCAUCGACGAGAUUGAUGCCAUUGCUACCAAGCGCUUCGACGCACAGACAGGAGCGGACAGGGAGGUUCAACGCAUCUUGCUGGAGCUCCUCAACCAGAUGGAUGGCUUUGACCAGAACGUUAAUGUCAAGGUGAUAAUGGCCACAAACCGAGCCGACACGCUUGACCCUGCUCUGCUCCGGCCAGGCCGCCUGGACCGUAAAAUUGAGUUUCCUCUGCCAGACAGGCGCCAGAAGCGAUUGAUCUUCUCCACCAUCACCAGCAAGAUGAACCUGUCCGAGGAAGUGGAUCUGGAAGACUAUGUUGCCCGGCCAGACAAGAUCUCGGGCGCCGACAUCAAUUCGAUCUGCCAGGAGGCUGGGAUGUUGGCCGUACGGGAGAACCGCUACAUCGUCCUGGCCAAGGACUUCGAGAAGGCCUACAAAACUGUCAUCAAGAAGGAUGAACAAGAGCACGAGUUCUACAAAUAA